GCAUCAGAGAAUUCAAUUUAUGGUAAUUUACCUUAUAUAGCUCCUGAAAUCUUAAGAGGAAAAAAUUAUACUAAGGCUGCUGAUAUUUAUAGUUUUGGUAUAAUUAUGUAUGAAGUAAUUUCUGGAUUACGCCCAUAUCAUAACAUUAGCCAUGAAAAUUUAGCAAUAAAAAUCUGUAAAGGACUUAGACCAAGGUUUAAUAUUAAAGUACCUCAAUUAAUUGUACAAUUAAUUAAAGGAUGCUUAGAUUCAGAUCCAUUAAAACGGCCAAAAGCAGAAGAAAUUGAAAUUAUUCUAUACACAUGGCUAUGUAAACCAAGUGAUAAACAAACAGUAGUAUUACGAACACAAAUUGAAGAAGCAGAUAAUAUUAACAACAAUUCACCAAAUAUCACCAUACCUUCAACUAGUUUAGGAUUUUCAUAUGAAACUAGAUCACUCAAUUUUAAUAAUCUUCCCGAACCAAAAAAUUCUGAUGAUUAUUAUGAACAAAAUGAUAAUAUAAUAAGCAAGGAA